UUACUGACCGAGCGACCAUGAAUGAUGUGGAUUUUUCAGUUUAGUGAAGUCUCAAAAUAUCUUAUUCUGCUUGCCAGGCCGAAGAGCGAAUGGUCACAUUCAGUUAUCUUUGUAUUGUCCAGUAAAACUAAAACCCGAUUUCACGAAAAUGGAACUUGUUGUCGAUGCUGAUUUAGCCUACUGAUAAUGACUAAGGCGAACAGUCAGUUAAGUCCGCGUUUGGAUAAGUCGUUUUGCCUUUUUGAAAUGAUGGCAAAAUGGUCAGAUAAUCAUGAAGGAGAUCAGUAGGUUAAGUGAAGCACAAGGUAACCCUUUACAAAACCUCUGAUCUUCUUAUUUAAUCGCCUGUGAUUCCGAUGCCCACAGCUCGAAUCCAGUGAGAAGCUUUUGCCUCCUCGACGGAUCCUCCAUUCAACUGCUCAUUCACCCCCUCUUCACUCAAACCGACGACUCAGCAAAUUGGUCUUCUGAUGAGGAUGCCACGUAUUUUAACAUUUCUGGAUUCCAUAUACAGUUCUUUGAUUUGGGGGUAAACCUUUGGACAGAUAGGGGAUUGCCUAUCAAAGACGCAACCUACUUCAAUGAGGCAACGACGAACAGGUUGGUGUUAUGCUAAAAGUUGCAAUUAUGCGAAGGAUGCCCUGCCCGCAAAGCUCACUCGGGUCUUUUCAUAUCUCUUAAACUUCGUGGAACCCAUCACAAACAGAGAGCACUGAAUCAAAACAUAAAAGAUUGACCAAAUGUUGAAUUUUGAGUUUUUUGCAAUGUUUUUAUUUUCAUCAGAUGAAAUAGUUUACUUUGGAUCGCACAACAACAAUAUUAAAGCUGCUUGUUGAUGGCACUACGCAACGGGAGGACUUGGUUUGGACAGGUCUUACGCAGAGUCUGUCGGCUACAGGGCUCCUGGUCCCGGCGAUCGAGUAGUCUGUUGUGUCUCUCUGCAAACCAGGAGCAGGAUUUGGGGACCUGUUACAGGGAUCAUAGCAGUAUCCACUGCUCAAGCGUCCACCGCACCCAUUGUCACCAACACGCACCAUUCUGUCACUCCUCUUCAAACCGCUGCCAACGCUUUCCUGACUGCUGCGCCUUCCCGGGGGAUCCGAGGGGACAUGAGCCCCUCAGUCGCCGGUUCCUGGUGGCCAUGAAGCGGCAGAACGUGCGGACCUUGUCCCUGAUUAUCUGCACGUUCACUUACCUCCUAGUCGGGGCCGCGGUGUUCGAUGCCCUGGAAUCAGAUUUCGAAAUGCGGGAGAAGGAGCAGCUGGAGAUCGAGGAGAAGCGUCUCCAAGGGAAAUACAACAUCAGCGAUGAUGACUAUAAAAAACUGGAGACCAUUAUUCUGGAGGCCGAGCCCCACAGAGCCGGGGUUCAGUGGAAAUUUGCGGGAUCCUUUUACUUUGCCAUCACAGUCAUAACCACCAUAGGUUACGGCCACGCCGCACCAGGGACCGACGCAGGGAAGGCCUUCUGCAUGUUCUACGCCGUCCUGGGCAUCCCGCUGACCCUGGUCAUGUUCCAGAGCCUGGGCGAGAGGAUGAACACUUUUGUAAAGUACCUCCUGAAGCGCAUCAAGAAGUGCUGUGGCAUGCGCAUCACCGACGUGUCCAUGGAAAACAUGGUGACCGUGGGCUUCUUCUCCUGCAUCGGCACGCUGUGCAUCGGGGCGGCCGCGUUCUCCCACUACGAGGACUGGAGCUUCUUUCAGUCCUACUACUACUGCUUCAUCACAUUAACUACCAUAGGCUUUGGGGACUUUGUGGCCCUGCAGAAGAACCGGGCCCUGCAGAGAAAGCCCCUGUACGUGGCCUUCAGCUUCAUGUACAUUCUGGUGGGCCUGACAGUGAUCGGGGCCUUCCUCAACUUGGUGGUGCUGCGCUUCCUGACCAUGAACAGUGAGGACGAGCGGCGGGACGCGGAGGAGCGGGCCUCGUUGGCGGGCAACAGGAACAGCAUGAUCAUCCACGUCCAGGAGGAGUCGCUGCAGCGCGGCCGGCGGCGGAGAGAGCAGCAGCAGUACCGGUCGGAGGUGACCGACCUGCAGUCCGUGUGCUCCUGCAUGCACUACCACUCACAUGAGUUCGGCAGCUCCAGGGGAGGAGGGGCACUUGGGGGAAUGGGCGGAGACUUCUCCCACCAGAACUCGUUCAUCUCACAGCUGAACCCCCAUCAGUACUUUCAUUCGGUCUCCUAUAGGAUCGAGGAGAUCUCUCCCAGCACCUUGAAAAACAGCUUCUUCCCUUCACCAAUCAGCUCUGUGUCCCCGGGCAUCCACAGCUUCACGGACAAUCACCGACUCAUGAAGAGAAGGAAAUCUAUCUGAAUCAGUAGAAAAGAAAGCGUUCCUUUUUUUAUACAGCAAGUCAAAUGCAUCUCUAUUGCUGCGCCUAACCAAAUCUAAUUUUUUAGCAGUUUUCCUUAUCGGUUGAUACAAAAAAAAUCAUAUACAAAGGAUUAACGGGGAGGAGGCCAAGAGUGUUUGACAUUACACCAAACUUGGACAAGAAUCAUGUUAUCUUGUGGGGGAUUCAAAGCAUGAUGCAUGGAUAUUUAUUUUUUCAGCAAACAGGCCCAUUUCAGAAAUACAAAACAAAAACCACCAGGACAUAAAAUCCUUCCUUAUUGCGGACUUACACAAAUUAUAUAUUUACCUUGGUAACAUGCCAUAUGAUGCACACUGGACAUUUUGGGGAUAUUUUUCAAGGGAUAUGCCUGUUUCACCUUAACUUGAAAUGAUUGCAAUUAUGUAAUAUUCCAUUGCCUCACUGCAGACAAAGAAUUUGAAAUGACCUAAAAGCAUCAGGUAUCAUUUUCUAUAAGCAAUCAUAUCUUGGAAAAUAAGUGAUCACAAAACGUCAUGCCUAAAUAUUGUUGCUAAAAUUAGCAUGUGCAUUUGUGUGCCAUGGUUACUUUGUCAUCAUUUGUAUUUAUUUUUCAAAACAAAAUUCGAAGUAAAUUUCCAAAUAUUGUGUAUGUCUUUUGAAUUUGAGAUUGUGUAAAAUGAGGACAGGAAAUGGGGUCAGAGAGGUCAUCUAGUUUGGGAAGAAUUGAUAAGUGCAUGUAGUAUGGCUAUACAUAUUGAAAUGCAUCUUGACAAAUGAGGAAAAUAUCAUCCUGGGAUUAAAUUACAUUGAAUAGUUUUGAUUGCAAGUAAUCUCAAGAAUUGUUUAAAAAACAUAACAUUGUGCCACACCGAAAGUGAUUCCAGCAUUUGUUGUGCAAGCUGUGUUUAUAUGCUUUACACAUGUUCGUUUGGUUGUAAAAUAGUCUUUGCUCUCAGGUUUGAAUGAAAAGCAUUUCUGGUUUCCUCCCAAAAUCGAAUUACUUAAAGAAUACAUCUGCCAAACUAAACAUGAUACAUAUCAAGUUUUUAUUUUUAAGUAGUUCUCAUUUUCCAAGAGAAGGUCCUUAAGAUGCAUCAUCUUACUACAAGAAGUUGUUGAAACUUGUUCAGUUUGGCUGUUUGGUCUCAGAGCACAUGAAGGUACGAUACACAGCAGCUCUACAAUAAGGAAACAAUAAGGAAGCCAUCAAAGACCAGUGACAAUAAAGCAUGUUAUUGUGGGUGACAGGCUAGUGUGCAACGUGAAACAAUAGUUUAGAUACCGGUCUCCAGCAAGUAGAGUAUACAUUUUGCCCCAUGAUAGGGUGAAUACAAUAAUAAUUGUCAUUCAGUUUUAAAUAAUGUUUUCUUUGUGAGUGAGCAAUGGGUUACUGGUUACCAUUUCAUCAAGCAAAAUACAAAAUAAUUCCACCAACAACUUUUCAUGACCUCUUAUAAUACAGUUCCUAAAGUGGUUGUAUUUCUUAGUUACAGUACAUAUCAGAGAAACAGAACAAUCCAAUGGAUCUAAGACUGCAAGUAAACAUCCCAUCAUAAUCAAUGUCACACUUUUCUGUUUUAGUCCCUGCAGCCAUGUCACAGCAUCGAUGGAAAAUAUGUAAAUUGUGUAAAUACUUAUAUAAAUUGAUAUGAAUAUAUUGUACAGUAUAUUCAUAAAAUCCUUUGGAAUAAACAAUGCCUUUCCACAGCUCAGAUGCGUAAGCAUUUUUACACAUUUUAGCAUAAUGUGCCUUUAAAAAAAACCCGUAGAUGUUUCUAUGAUAUUAGGCACAUUUUACAAGCCUGGUUUCAGAUCUAUUCUGCAUGUACUUGAGCCAAGAAUAGCUAGUCAUAAUGUAGAUAUUUUUGGAUUAAGUACAAACAUGACAUGGUCUAGGCUUUUAAUAUUUUCAAUACCUAAACUUACCAAACAACCAUCUUGGAUCUCUUCUACAGUGCAAAUGAUACACAUUAAAACCAAAGCAGAAAUUCACUUUCAGCCCACCCCAUUGCCCAACAGUUUCAAAGUACAAUGUUCAACAGUGUUUAUUGUGAAAUAACUGCUCCUGUCACACUCAUUGACGACAACUGAACUUUCUAGUCGUCAUUCAACACAACAGAUGAAAGUUCCAGUACUCCUGUCCUGAAUUCUGCUUUCUGUAUUACUUGCUUUUGAAUGAAAUAUUUACCAGCAUAUCAAUGGCUGAUUAUACCACUGAGGUAGCUAUCUAACAGUAUAAUCAAGUGAUUUUAUUGCACUUGAACAAUAAGCUAUACAGUCUAAAUCUAUAAGCCACACCUGGGGGGAAUGUAUGAGCCAUAUUUGGAGUUCCAAACAAACAAAUCAACUCUAUGCUGCUCCCCAUGAGCUGUAGGUCAAAUUAUGUCAUAUCUCCAUGGCAACAUUCAGCUGGAGGGAAGGUGUCUUCUUUAACGACAGAUGCCAUUUCGAAAUGUGUGUUGAAAAAUUCUAUGUGACAGACAUGUUACAAGGACAUAUUAUAUACAAUAUACCGUAUUUCUAUUUUUUUUCCGCCUUCAACACAAUGUUUAGGAUUGUCCACUUUUACAUGUGUCCAGCCUUACUGUACACUUGGCUUUUGACCUCCAUGCUUUACUACGGCAACAGUACCUGUAUGAAGUGGAUGUGAGACUAGAUGGCGUUUGGUCUCAAUAUGUUUCUCAUUUGGACUUGACAUGUUUAGCAGACAACUCCAUGUGCUAUCCAUUCCUCCAUCAACAGUCAGUGCCAUGUUUUCCUAUGACAGGGACAAAGAGACACCAAUUGCACUACUAUCAGUGUCACACAAACUGUCAGUAUGUUUGUAUGAAUUCAUUUUCUUGUUCUACAUCUUCUUUUUCAGAUAUUUUUCUUUGCAAUAGAAAAUUCUGCAACAUUUUACAGCAAGUUUACAUUAACUACCAUGUGGUUACAUAGCAGUACCUAAAGUAACAACAUUGUAGGUACAUAGGAGUUACAAAAUGAUUAAAUUGUGUUAAGUGUUAGGGGUACAAGUUAUUACUUAAAUCUAAGAAGCCACAGUAUGGGUGAGGGGUGUAAGGGAUAAGUAGAUGUUGUAAAGGGGCAGUUGAAGGUUGUUUUACCAAAACAAUAUCAACAUCAACACCCACUUCCCCUUGGAAAGCCGAAUAAGCUGUAUUGCUAAACCGUAACGAUCAACAUAUGCUUUCCUUUGUAACUACAAUGUGACCAUAGGUAUCGUAAAGUUGUUGCAUGGUAGUUCAUUUAACCUUAUGGUAAAGUGUUGCAGAAAGUUCUUCUUUAGGUCAGACGAACAAAUUAUAUGUACACUAUUCCAUUGAAAGCUUGGAAAUAUUAGUAUCUUAUCUUAUAUUAUGAUAGUUCAAUGGACAUAUUGAGCCAAUAAAUAUUUCAUGUCAUGGUUUGGUUUAUAACUCCUGAUGUCAACACAUUCAGAGAUAUGGGUUCUCUCUUUUCAAUAAAUGGGAAAGAGAUCCUUGUUAAGAGAGUAUAUUUCCAUUUACGUUUGUAUGUUUUCAUUUAUGUGUGUGCAUGAUUUGGUGUGGAUGACUCCCUAGGUCACAUGACCUGGGUGAAGCCAUGACACACUUGAAUAAACUAUGAGCCUCUUUCUGAC